CAUUUCCCUUCUCCAUAGAUCCAAGUCCAAAAAACCAUUCGGUUUGUGAAGCCAUCAAUUAGCGACGGUAAACUACCGCUGGCCACCGCGUCUUCAGCUAGGCGGCGAACAAAGGAAACCCGGACCACGACUACCCUCCUCCCAUCGGGUCUUAACCAUGACUGAAGUGCACGCUGCUUUGCCCCCUCAGCCAUACCCGGGACCGGUUCUUCCAACUUCGGACCAUGUCCGUCUCCUGGUUCUCUUGCCGGGAGAUGGCGAACACAUCACCGGCGAGCUCAUGAUUGCGGAGCUUCAAGCUAUGCCUUGCUAUGAAGCUUUGUCGUAUACGUGGGGAGACUCCCGGGAUCGCCGGAUGAUUUCGAUUAAGGCCACGACAUCUGGAGGCGUUGUGGAAUUUCCAGUCACCUUGAAUUGCUUCUCCGCCCUCCGACGGCUCCGGCUCAAGGACAAGCCGCGAACCCUCUGGAUAGACGCGCUAUGCAUCGACCAGUCAAAUCGGUGCGAGCGAAACCACCAAGUGACUCUCAUGUCAAAGAUCUUCUCCAAAGCCGCCGAGGUUGUCAUCUACCUGGGCGAAGCUGCAGAAGACAGCGACUUAGCCAUGGACUUCAUCGCCGAAUGCGACAGCCCUAGCCCCGAGACCACAUCUCUGAGCUACCCCAAAUCGCCGUCUCUCGUCAAAGCCCUCGACGACUUCUUCCACAGACUAUGGUUUACCCGAGUCUGGGUAAUCCAGGAAGUUGUCUUGUCGAGCAGCGGCGUCGCAUACUGUGGUGAGAGAUCACUGCCCUGGUCGUCGAUCCGGAACUUCAACGACUGGAACCACAACAACAAGUGGCUCACCUCCAAGCUGCCGUUCGUUGUGUCGACGUCCAAGCGCUCUCUCACGAACGGCGACCUCGAGUCUGCAAUGCUCAAGGCCCUCUUGCAGGCACGGCACUGCGGCGCAACGGACCCGCGGGACAAGGUGUAUGCCAUGUUGCCGCUGAUGCACUCGUUCGACAGGCAGCUGGGCAUCACCCCCAGAUACGGUGACUCGGUUGCCAAAGUCUUUGUGGACUGCGCCAUCGCUCUAAUACCGGACCGUGGCUUCGAGAUACUGUACGCGGCCCAGGGCGGAUCGAAAAUAGAGGGACUGCCAUCAUGGGUGCCAGAUUGGAGCGUCGCACCGAGAAGGAAAACACUGGGGACAUCUCAGAUAACCUCUGUAUGGAAUGCUAAGAAGGAUUGGAAUAUCUCGAGGACACCACAGGUUUUCAUAUCUGCCGGGAGAACCUCGUCCAGCAACACAACGGACGCAGAACCUGGACCUUUGUUGCGAAUUUUUGGAUACUCCUGUGGCAAGAUAACGAGGCUGGGAGCUCCAUACAUCGCCAGCCAAGGCCGAUUCCCCUUGCAUGAAUGGAAGAGCCUGAUACCCGACAAGUCCGAGAGCAAGCUCGACGGAAUUGAGAACUCGCUGAUUAAGCAGCGCAACGGCCUCUCCUAUAAAAGCUUUUACGAGGUAAUCGCAGCAAGAGGGUUUGCGUAUCCAUCGGCAAUACAGAAAUUCGUCGGAGCGGAAAGCAACGCAGACACCGACACGGAAUCAGGGGCGGGGCCUUCGGAGAGUGAGGCAUCUGGAGGACGUGGCUUUACCCUCGGCCAGAAGCGGAAACGGAUGGACAACUGGGAUGACAAGAAGCCAAAAACAAGCUGGGGAAGCACUGUUCGGGAAAUGGCUCGCGAAAGGGGGUGUGAAGUUCCCUUCGCCGACAUCCCGUUCCACCUGGCUGGGAAGUACUUGGUUGCGAGCUACGGGGCGUACGUGCGGUUUGUCCUGCAAAACUGCCAUUCGCGGCGCUUCAUUAUCACCGACACUGGAUACAUGGGUAUUGCUCCUGAAGAAGCCGACCUUGGGGAUGAGAUAUACAUGUGUGUCGGCGCGGCAAUCCCACUUGCCCUUCGGCGCCAGCAAAGAAGCUCUGGGUCACAAGACCGGCAGCAGAGCCGCGCGACCCUGCACCGGUUGGUGGGCGAGUGUUACAUGGAGAAAAGCGCGUGGGGCGAUAUAGAGGACAUGUUAAAGUCUCGGGAGCCUCAAGGUCUUGAUAUUAUGUAGAAAAUGCAAAGUGUGCCUAUCUAUCCUUCGAUUAGACUUCAAUCACAAGGGACAAGGGGCACUGGGCUUUGCUAACUUAAUUUAUUGUUAUUAUCAACG